GUUUUAAUACCGGUACCAGAUCUCUCCCCUCUAGCAGUCUGUUCUGAAAUUGAUUCAGCAUCAUUAUAUACGGCUCGAGGAAUUUAAUUUAGUAGCAAUGGAGUACAAUCAAGAUGAACUUGUUGCCCCUAGUUGGCUGGACGACGCUUUUUUUCUGAAUAUUUUAAGAAAGUUUGAGAACGAUAGUGCAAUUGAGCUGAGAGCUAACUGUGUGCUUCGACCUGGUACGAAGGCAGGAGAUCAUUUCGCUAGUGUGAUGUACCGUACGCAGGUUCAAUACCAGAUGGCCAACGGUGUGGAAAAGUCGAUCGAUCUAAUCAUGAAGAUUAAGCCAGCACUAGAAGGAUUGAAGAAGGAGCUGCUUGAUAGCGACGACGAUGAUUUCUUUGGUAAGGAAAUGCGCAUGUACGGAACCAUUCUGCCCCAGAUGGCUCAACUUUUAGCGGGCAUUGGCGAGGAUUAUGAGUAUCCCAGGUUAGUGUAUGCUUGCAAGGAACCGCAUACAAUCAUCGUACUGGAGGAUAUAAGUGCUGGUGGCUGGACCAUGAAGGGAUUGGUGAAAUCCUAUGAGGAGCUCCAACCAACGAUCCGCAAUAUUGCGAAAUUUCAUGCCGCUUCGGUUGCUAUCGAGCAGAUGAACUCGUCAUUCAAAUCAGCGUUCAAAUGUACAAUAUUGGAGACAUUUCGCACGAUGCAGCAAAUGACGGAUGCGUGCUUUAUUUCGUUCAUUCACUUCGUGCGAGAUACUUUAAAUUUGCCGGACUUUGUAGAACCGUUGCAACGCUUCCAGCAACAGCUUUAUGAUCGACUAGCAUCAGUUUACGAACCAUCAUCAUCGUGCACCGGCGUUCUCAUUCAUGGAGACUUUCAUUUCAAGAAUCUUCUUCACCAGCAGCGAGCCGACAGGAUAGUGGACACCGUUUUUGUGGACUACCAGAUGUGCUGCUGGUCGUCGCCGGUGGUAGAUUUGUUCUAUCUUAUCUAUCUGAUACCGGAGCAAACGGUCAAAGAUACUCACCGGGACGAGAUUGUGCACUACUAUCAUCAAACAUUAAGCGACAUGCUGGCGCGGUUGAAUUGUGCUGACCGCAUCCCCCGAUUGAUUGACCUUCAAGUGGAGCUGCUGCGAGCCGGAUCGCUGGAGCUCUUCCAUUAUAUUGUGUUUUCCGCGUUUCGCUACAUCGAUAUGUCUACUGUGGAUCCUGAACAAUUUUUCUUAGGUCGAAUAAAAAAUCCAGCUUUCGAGAAGUUGGAAUUCCAGCAAACUGUCAGGAAAGAGCUGCCACGGUUCAAAUAUCAGGGCAUACUUUGAAAAAUAUGAAACAUUAAUUGUUAUGCUCAUUGGUUCUUAAGAUAAUAAACUCAGAGUUCUCAACAUUAA